AUGGAUUUUAGAGAAGGACUGAGACCAUUUAUUGGCUUAGAUGGUACAUUUUUGAAAAGAAAAGUAAAAGGUCAGUUGCUACUUGUUGUAGCUCUAGAUGCUAAUGAUCAGGCUUAUCCAAUAGCAUGGGCAACUAGCUCUUAUGAGGAAGAUUUCAAGGACCAGUUGAAGAGUAUUGGUGAACUGAGUAAGGAAGUUGUUGAAUUAUUGUUAAAGUAUCCUCCCCAGGCUUGUUGUAGAGCCUAUUUUGAUACUCUGUGCAAGAACCAAAAAGUGGAGAAUAACUUCACUGAAUCUGUGAAUGCAUGGCUGGUUGAAGCAACGCAAAAACCAAUCAUUAAAAUGCUUGAAGAGAUAAGGAUAAAAUUGAUGAACCAGUUGAGGGAAAGGGAGGAAGUUAUGAGGUCAUGGGAAAAUGAUUUCAGUCCACAUAGUUUGAAGCUAUACAAUGAGUACUUGAAGAUAGCUAAUACUUCUUGUUAUGUGGACAACAAUGGUGACAAUAAAUCUGAAAUCAGGGAAGGAACAAAUAAGCACACUGUAAAUAUGGUGGUGAAAAAAUGCACAUGUAGGGGAUGGGAUCUUACUGGAAUCUCAUGCCCACAUGCAAUUAAAUCCCUGCAAUACAAAAAGUUGGAGCUUGUGAAUGAAAUCAACUGGUGGUACAACAAAGAAGCAUAUCUACUUACCUACAAGUACAAGUUGCAGUCAGUCAGAGGUGAAAAAUUCUGGAAGGUAGAUCCAUCGCAAGCAAUGGAACCACCUGAGUUAGUCAAGAUGGCGAGGCCUAAAAUCAAGAGAACCAGACAGAAAGAUGAGGCAAUCAAAAGGCAAGGUGAAUGCGCAAAUUCAAGAAAAUGGAGAGUAAUGACUUGCACCAACUAUGGAGAGGCAAAUCAUAAUGCAAGGGGUUGUGAGAAGCUAUCCAUGGCAAAAGGGGCAAGGAAAAAUGCCAGACAUCUAGUUGAUGAAGAUGAUAGUGUGGGGCAACAAUCAGAAGAAGAAAUACACCUAACAGCACCCCAAUCUAGUCAAGCAAGUUAGUCGAGUGUUCAAGGCUCAAAUUUUGUGUUCAUGCCUCUAUGCACAGUCAAUCAAGCAGUCCAUUACCCUGACUUUAACCUCCAUGAACUUGAUCCAAAUGUAGUUACAAGGCCAACAACUGUGUCAGAAUCUAAAACAAGACUUCUGCAAAGUAAAAACCACCUCAAACUUCAAGUGUAAGGGUAAUUUCCUUCACUGGUGAUACAAAUGGUGCCAGUCUUCCAAAUCACUUCCUUUCAAACCACCAGGCCUCAAAUGAAAGGGAAAAAGUGAUGUAACUGGAAGCCAACUGGAGAUGCAAAGCAAAAAGAAAGUGUAUAAGCUGAAGCCAAGAAGG